UGUUUACUUCCGCUUUCGAAUUCAUUCACCGAUAGGUGGCGCCAAUUUCCCUGGUUCCAUGCGAUGCGAAAUGCUGCAUUGUAGACGUUUGGAAUGAUGACAAGUCAAAAGAAAACUACUGUGUCCCGUCCAUCCUUAUUUCCUUCUGCAAACAGUACUUCUUCUGACACAGCAUCUUUUCAAAAUCUAGACUGGUUGGAAAAUAAAAGUUUCACAUCAGAAACAGCUCAAAAAGUGGUGGUGUUCCAAGAAGAGCUCAGAAAACUACAGAAAGAAAGUGACAAUGACAGUGAUGAUAGUGAUGAUGACAAUGAAGUGAAAAUAAACAGUGCAAGGCUUGUUGCUGCUGGUCCAGGAACAAGCAAGGUCGCUGUUGACCUUACACAAACUAUACCAGAUAUCUGUAGCAGACCUGAACAAAAGCCAAGUAGGUACAGGCAGGAUGAUAAAUCCCAUGAUUCUGAGGAAAACAGUUACAAGAAGAAAAAGAAAAGAAAACGACAUACCUCUAGUGAUAAUGAGACAGAUUCCGAGAGGAAGAAGAAGAAAAACAAACACAAGCAUAAAAAGAAACAUAAGAAAGAAAGGCAUCAGCCAAAAGAAAAAAGAGUAACUGAAAUACCAGGGAUAUUCGAGAGCAAGAAGAUAUUUCUGGAUGACAUAGCAGACAUUGCACCUAAACAUGCCUUCAAACUGGACCGGGCACCAGACACAAAUAGUUGGACAUAUGGUUCCCUGUAUAGUGGACAUGUAGCAAACUAUAGGUCAGCCUGUAACCAGUGUGUCGGUUCAGCUCGGGACCAGCACCUGUUCAUGAAAGAUAGAGAUAAGAAAAAGAAAGAGAAAGUAUUGAAUGAAAGGUACUACAGCAAAGAAAACAGAAGAGUUAUUAAACAACCUCCAGAGGAGAUCAUUAAUGUAUUAAAAGAAGAAAAAAUCAAAAAGGUUGACAUUCCUAUGUAUAUCCCUGUAAAACAGUCAAAUGACGGCGAAGCAGGUUCAGAAAAUAAAGAUAUAAGACAAAAGAUUCUAGACGAAUCAACAAGCCUGUAUGUGAUGGGUAAAGCAAAAGAAACAGAUAAGUUAGAUGCUGAUGAAACGAUUCCUGAUCCAGUACGAUUGAAAGUGGCUGACUAUAAUAAACAGUUGAGAGAAACCCCAACUGAUGUGAAAUUAUGGCUAGAAUUUGUAAGGUUUCAGGAUAAAUUAGUGUUGGAAGAUGGUAGUAAUGACUCUGAAUUAGCUGGUAAAAAAACAAGUGCGAGAGGUGUUCUGGAAAAGAAACUUAGUAUUCUGGAUAAAGCAUUAGAGUUGAAUCCAGCAAAUAUAGAACUGUUGCUUGCAAAGAUAGAGCUAAGUUCAGAAAUAUCUGACACUGUUAAGAUAAACAAGGAACUAGAACAAUUGCUGUUUGUUCAUGUGGCCAACACAAGAUUGUGGAAGUACUAUCUAAUCUUUAAUCAGUCAAGAAUUUCAGUGUUUACCGUGACAAAAAUGACCAAGCUUUAUCAUAAAUGUUUCAAGACCUUGUUUGGAGUAUUGGAGGGGAAGUUGCAGACGCAUAGUGUACCAGAGAACUUGGAGACAGAAGUAUUAGAUAUAUUUCUCAGAUAUUGUUACUUCCUUAAACAUACUGGAUACAGAGAAAAGGCUAUGGCUACAUUUCAAGCUGGGUUGGAAUACAACUUAUUUGCACCUCCAUCACUUGCUGGUGUUUCCAGGGAAACCAAAAUGGCUGCCUUUGAAGAAUUUUGGGAUAGCAGCUGUCCAAGAAUUGGAACUGUUGGAGCUGUAGGUUGGAAAAACUGGAAGGAACAAAGUGGGAAUGUAGAUAGUGCUGAAGAAAACAGCACAGAUCCUCUGGAAGAUUUGGAAGAGGCCAUUAUUGAGAAAAAGCUUUCAAAACCUGCCACGUGGUUAGAGAUUGAAGCACUUAGAGAGAAACACCACUGGUUACCAUGGCAACCAGGUCAAGGUCAGACUGAAGACAAUUGUGAAGAUGUUGAGAGAUUGGUAAUGUUCGAUGAUGUGUCUCCGGUGUUGUUCAAUAUCGCAGAGAAUUUACAUUUUGAGUUAGUUGUUUCAUUUCUGAAAUUCCUUUGUCUUCCAACACAAGUUUCUUUGACUGCCGAGCAGUCUGGAAUUUUUUGUGAAAAUGUGAUCGAUGUGACGCGAUUCUGCCAGGGAAGUGUUAAUGAAGAUGUUAUAUUUAGUCCAAAUAAUGAGAGUAUAAGGAGCUUUGCUGUUGAAUUACUCAAGCUUGCCAUUCCUUGUUUCGCAGAAAAGAGAAGAACCGAUUUGACACUUUGUCUAAUAGAAACACAAUUAGGUAAUUAUGAAACUGAACAUCUCUCCAAAAGUGAUAAAAAAGAAAUGAAAAAGAUUAUGAAAAAUGUUUUGAAGGAAGAAAACAACAGAAAUGACCUGUUCGUGUGGUCUGCAUACAUUGACCUUGAAAGGUUGAUUGGAAAGCCUGGAGAAGGUGAAAGUGUUAUAGAAAUGGCCUUGACUAUGUACAGUGGUGGAUCUGUGGAACCUGCAAACGAACAUACAGUCGGAUUGAUCUCCCUUUAUUGUCAGUAUUGCGAAAUGUUGUUGCAAAUGGACAAGGAAAAGCCAUGUAAAUUGUUACCGAGAACCUUGCCAGUUUCAUCAGAAAUAAAGAAAAAGGUGCUUUCUGUGAUUAAUUGUUUAAUGGAGGCAAGGAAAUUUAAUUCAAAAGAUUUGACAGAUAUCUCAGGAGCUGGUGUGUUGAAGACUUUGUCAACCCUCUCAAGACUGUGUAGUACAUCACGCGAAAUUGUGUGUAGCAAAGGGGCUUGUGAAUUAUCUAAAGAACAGUUUCUUAAACUGAUAUGGUGCCAUGGUUUGUUUGUCUACUGCAAGUCUGGUCUCUCAUCUAGUCUUGAUAUUUACUCAUCUGUGAUAACUUCUCUGGCUAACUGUAGUGAAAAUCUCUCCAAUAUUCAGAGGAGACUGUACGAGGAUCAGCUAAAGUUAAUUGUCUUUCAUAUGUCAACAUCAUCAUCACCUUUGCACAUCCUAAGAGAGCGUCUUGAUAUAGCGCUACAGAGGUUUCCAGAUGACCCUGUGUUUUUGUUGUUGUUUGUUGAUGUGGAGAGAAAGUCACGGAUCAGUGGUCGGUUCAAUUUAUUCUUCGACCGCUGGUGUAGAACUGUAGAGGCACCUACACCAGCUGUAAUUGCUGUACUCUUUCAGCUAGAUUUCAUUCAAGAUAUGAAGAAUUCAGAUAACUAUUCUGCAUGUCACAGCGGACUGGUACACAGAGCUCGAGCAUGGUUAGAACACAGCCUGUCACUUAGCAACCUGCAGCAUUGUCCAGUCCUCUGGAGACUGUUCUUCCUUGUGGAGAAACUAGCAGACAGUGGUGGCAGUGGUGGUAGGCUGAAGGGUGUAUUCUAUAGAGCAGUACAGCAGUGCCCAUGGAAUAAGAGUAUCUAUAUGGAUGGUGUUCGCCUGUUUGGUGUUGAACAGUUGCAAGAGAUGGUUGACCUAAUGACUGAAAAAGAACUACGAGUACAGAUCCCUGUGGAAGAAUUGGACAUCCUGAUGAGCUCAUGACACAUUUAUCUUCAUUUCCUGAAACUGGAUAUCACAAGUGGUUUGGUUAAAUUAGUGGAAUAUUGUUAGAAAAAGUAUUAUGUGAUAAAGCAAUUAAUGUUCUUUUAUAUGAAGAAUUAAAACUUGUCUGUAUGUAGUCAGUUACUGUGAAAUCAUUUAAGGUAUCCGAUCCACAAAUAACGUUUCCAUGCCUGCUGAUCCCAUGCUUUUUUGGUAGCAUUUGAAAGAGUUGUGUCUGCUGAGCAAGAAUUCGUAAAUAAGAUGGCCAUAAUAAUAUGCACAAAUUGUAAGAUGGCCAUGAUAAUAUGCACAGAUUGUACGAUAAAUUGUAAGAUGGCCAUAAUAAUAUGCACAAAUUGUAAGAUGGGCAUAAUAAUAUGCACAAAUUGUAAGAUGGACAUAAUAAUGUGCACAAAUUGUAAGAUGGCCAUAGUAAUACACACAAAUUGUCAGUCUUGUUUCUUGACUGCAAAAUGAAAUAUCUUACGCUGUAGUAACUGGAGUUCUGUUGAAGUAUCAUAGAAAACUAUGAAGUAAUAAGAUAAAAAAAAUCUAUAACAUAUAUUUUUGUCAUGUAAUUAGCUCGGCUUUUAGAAGAAAAAAUAGAGCUAUUGCACUCGCCCCGGCGUCGGCAUUGGUUAACGUUUUUGGUAAAGUCAUAUAUCUCUAUUACUAUCAAAGCUAUUGACUUGAAACUUAAACUACUUAUUUACUAUCAAAGUCUACACCAGGAGAAAUAAUCCUCAUAACUCUGAUUUGAAUUUUGACAGAAUUAUGCCCCUUUUUAACUUAGAAUUUUUGAUAAAGUCAAAUAUCUCUGUUACUAUCAAAGCUAUUGACUUGAAACUUAAAAUACUUAUUUACCACCAAAUUCUAUAAUUGAGAAACACUACCCGUAACUCUGAUUGAAUUUUGACAGAAUUAUGCCCCCUUUUAACUUAAAAUUUUUUGUUGAAUUUUUGAUAAAGUCAAAUAUCUCUGUUACUAUUAAAGCUUUUGACUUGAAACUUGAAAUAGUUAUUUACUAUCAAAGUCUACACUAGGAGAAACAAUACCCAUAACUCUGAUUGAAUAUUGACAGAGUUAUGCCCCAUUUUAACUGGUAAUUUUCUGGUUAAAGUUUUUGAUAAAGUCAGAUAUCUCUGUUACUAUUAAAGCUUUUGACUUGAAACUUAAAAUAGGUAUUUACUGUUAAAGUCUACACUAGGAGACACUAUUCCCAUAACUCUGAUUUGAAUUUUGACAGAGUUAUGCCCCUUUUUAACUUAGAAUUUUUUAGUUAAAGUAUUUGAUAAAGUCAAAUAUCUUUUGUUACUUUCAAAGCUUUAGACUUGAAACCUGAAACAGUUAUUUAUUAUCAAAGUCUACACCAGGAGAGUUAUGUCCUUUUUUAACCUGGAUUUUUUAUGCCCCUAGCAUCUACUGAUGCGGGAGGCAUAUAGUGAUUGUCCUGUCUGUUCGUCCGUCCGUAUGAGGAUAACCAAAUGGGACCGUUCCGUCUAGUAUCAAUACCCCUUACUAGAAUGACUUGAUACUAAUGCAGAUGUAACCUGUGACCAUUCCUCAUCUUCAGACAUCACCUGACCUCAGUUUGACCUUGACCUUGACCUCGACCUCAUUUUGGACUUAGGUUGCUUUAUAUGGGCCAUCUCUUGGUUAACCAAAUGGGACCGUUUUGUCUAGCAUCAAUAUCCCUUACAAGAAUGAAUUGAAACUAAUACAGAUAUAAACUGUGACCAUUCCUCAUCUUCAAACAUCACCUGACCUCAGUUUGACCUUGACCUUAUCCUCGUUUUGGACUUAGGUGCAAAAUCUAUCGACAAGGAUGCCACUGGGGGCAUCAAGCAUAUAUUGAACGCAGCUCCUUGUUUUAACUGGCAAAGCUCUAAUUCAGCGUCGAGCACUGAGAAAAGUCGAGCGCACUGUCUUACGGACAGCUCUUGCUUAUAUUUUCUUUUCAGUAGGCAAUACUCUUUCAAAUGAUACUUGUACCAAAUUAUGAUUUUGAGCUUACUAGGCAUCUAUAUUUGAUAACUACAGUGUAAUAGCAUUGUUAUAUAGAACUUGUUUAUUUGUGAAUUCAUCAGCAUGAAAUUUCAUAGUUUUCAGAAAUUGCUUUUUUGAGGGGAUAUGAAUUCUUUGAAUUCACAUUUUAGAAAGAAGUUAAAUAGAAAAUUUGCCAAUUGAUUAUGUUUAAUUUUGUGGAUUGAAGCAAUCACAGUCCAUGAAAAUUUGUCCUUCAUAAAUUUUAAUGAUUUCACAGUAAUCUUGUUGGCCUAUGUUUGGUUUUGAUGGAUACUGCUAUUUUAUAUCUAUCAACAGAUGUUUAUUUGUUUGUUAGCCUUGGAUAAAUGCAAUUUCGAAAUCCACAAGAAUUGGUUCACUGACAACAGUCAGGGGUGUAACUGAAAUAAGUUACCAAAAUUGUAACCUAAAUCAAGUUAUUUUUUUAAUAAGGUAAGAUUUGUAUCCCUUGAAUUAUAAAAUUUGAUCAAUUCAUUUUUAGCUCACCUGUCACAAAGUGACAAGGUGAGCUUUUGUGAUCGUGCGGUGUCCGUCGUCCGUCGUCCGUCCGUGCGUACGUGCGUCCGUGCGUCCGUAAACUUUUGCUUGUGACCACUCUAGAGGUCACAUUUUUCAUGGGAUCUUUAUGAAAGUUGGUCAGAAUGUUCAUCUUGAUGAUAUCUAAGUCAAGUUCGAAACUGGGUCACGUGCCGUCAAAAACUAGGUCAGUAGGUCUAAAAAUAGAAAAACCUUGUGACCUCUCUAGAGGCCAUAUAUUUCAGAAGAUCUUCAUGAAAAUUGGUCAGAAUGUUCACCUUGAUGAUAUCUAAGUCAAGUUCGAAACUGGGUCACGUGCCAUCAAAAACUAGGUCAGUAGGUCUAAAAAUAGAAAAACCUUGUGACCUCUCUAGAGGCCAUAUAUUUCACAAGAUCUUCAUGAAAAUUGGUCAGAAUGUUCAUCUUGAUGA